AUGUAUCGAUGCUAUUCAGUAACUUUGAUGCAAGGGAAUGAAAGGCAGAAUGUUAAUUUUGGUGGAAAAAUUAUCUUACCACCUUCAGCACUAGCAAAACUAGCUAGUUUGGAAAUAGAAUAUCCUAUGUUGUUUGAAUUACGUAAUAAAGAAGAACAAAGACAUUCGCACGCUGGAGUUCUUGAAUUCAUUGCGGAAGAAGGUCGUGUUUAUUUACCUUAUUGGAUGAUGCAAACUUUGCUGUUGGAACAAGGAGACUUUAUUGAAAUAAAAAGCGCAGAAUUGCCUUUAGGUACCUUUGUAAAGAUCCAACCACAAACUGUUGAUUUCUUGGAUAUAAGUGAUCCGAAAGCUGUGCUGGAAAAUGCGUUUCGAAAUUUCUCAACGUUGACACAAGGGGACGUUAUCCAAAUAAAUUAUAAUAAUAAAAUUUAUGAGAUUUUGGUAUUAGAAGUUAGACCUGGUAAUAUUGUGCCUGAUAAUAAUGGUAUUUCAAUUGUUGAAACAGAUUUGGAGGUUGAUUUUGCGCCACCAGUGGGUUACGUAGAACCAAAACCACAACCAAAACCAUCAAUGGCUAAUAAGAUAAAAAUAGAAGAUCCUCUUACGGAUACAAAAGGAUUUUCGGCUUUCCAGGGAAGCGGACAGCGGUUGAAUGGAAAAGUCGUAAAAUCGUCUUCAUCUACAGCUUCAGGUUCAAAUGGUACACUUACUGCAAAAUUAAAAGAGACAAGUGAAAAUGAUGACGUUCCUGCACCGUUGAAUUUACCGUUUGGCAAAUUGUUCUUUGGGUAUAUAUUACGUCCUCCGAAAACGGAGGCGGGAUCAAGUCAACCAUCAUCUACAUUUGAUGGUAAAGGUUAUUCUUUGAAAUAA